AUGGUACACAAGAGCUCCAAAGCUACUGAGCGUGAGCUUAGGAACAUAUUGAACGAGCCUCAGAAUUCCAACAAAUGUGGCGAAUGUGGAAGCUCUUUCCCAACUUGGUGCUCGUUGACGCUAGGAGUUUUCCUGUGUGGACGAUGUGCGUCAGUGCAUAGAAAAAUGCUGGGCCAGAGAGACGACGAAGCGUUUUCCGACGUCAGAUCACUUGCUAUGGACCGCUGGUCCAAUGGCGACCUCGAUGGCCUGGUAGAGAGCGGAGGAAACAAGCGGAACAAGACGAUUUGGAACCCACUCAAUGAACCCUUUCCCUUUGAUGGCGAUGAAGAUAGGGCGUCUGUGGAGAAGUUCAUUCGUGACAAGUACAUUGCACGCAAAUUCAGAAAUGGCGAGAGUUUACCUUCCGACUAUGGUGUGAGAACCACAUCUUCAAGAUCAAGGCCCGGAACGUCCCGAAGCAGCUCUAGCAGAAGAUCACCGAGCACCAGACCAUCCACAUACUCCAGUGGAACAGGAAGGGCGGAUUCGCCGGCUGCAAACCCUCCGUUGCCCAAACGACCUGCGACAAACCUGGGACCCCGCCCCGCGGCCUUUGAUGGGUUGGAAAAUACCGCGACGGGUGCGAGACCAGCAGUUUUUGAUGGCGGGUACAUGCAACAAUAUUUAGAUCCAGCGACCGGAAUAAUCUACGUGGACCAGCAGGAGCAUCAGCUACUACUACAACAACAACAACAACAACAACAACAGCAGCAGCAAGCGCUUUACCAACAAAUGCUGCAACAAGAACAAAUGCAACAGCAAGCGCUGUACCAGAAACAGCUUCAGCAGCAGGCAUUGCAACAACAAGCUCUUCAGCAACAGCAGCUGCAGCAAGCACAGUCUCAGGCUCAAAAGAAUGCUUUGCUCUCGCUCUAUCAGCGGCCCGAUCUAUACACCAGUCCAGUGGAAAUAAAUCCGUCACACCCACAGUACCAGCAAUUGAUACAACUACAGCAGCAGCAGCAGCAGCAACAACAACAGCAACAGCAGCUUUACCAACAAAGCCAGAUGGGAUAUUUCCAAGGCCCGUAA